AUGCGUGAAAUUAUUAGCCUUCAAAUAGGACAAUGCGGGAAUCAAGUUGGAGAAAAGUUUUGGGAUCUUAUCAGUCAAGAACAUGGAUUGUCUUCAGAUGGAGUGUUUCAAGGAAAUAAACUUCAACAACAACGGUUGAACGUUUAUUUUAACGAGAGUUCAACAAAAAGAUAUGUCCCACGAUCGAUCAAUGUUGAUUUAGAACCAGGGACUCUUGAUGCAGUGAAAGUUGGUAAAAUGGGUCAUUUAUUUAAACCAGAUUCUUUUAUCUUUGGUAAUGGAGGAGCAGGAAACAAUUGGGGAAAGGGUCAUUAUAGUGAAGGAAGUAGUUUAUGUGAAAAAGUGAUGGAAAAUGUUAGAAAAGAAGUUGAGGCAUGUGAAUGCCUUCAAGGGUUUCAAGUAACUCAUUCACUUGGAGGAGGAACUGGGUCAGGACUUGGAACGUUAAUACUCAGUAAAUUAAAAGAAGAAUUUUAUGAUAAAAUUAUUUCUACUUACUCUGUUGUUCCAUCACCUACUGUUAGUGAAACUGUUGUAGAGCCUUAUAACUGUGUAUUAAGUAUUCAUAAAUUACUUGAAUCAGCUGCUAUCACUUUUUGUUUUGAUAAUGAAGCGUUAUAUAAAAUUGCUUCAGAUGUUAUGAAAGAAUCAAAACCAUCAUAUGAAUCUCUCAACACAUUAAUCUCUUCCGUAAUGUCUGGAAUUACUUGCUCAUUGAGAUUUCCAGGUCAACUAAACCAAGACUUGAGGAAACUUGCAGUCAAUAUGAAUCCAUAUCCAAGACUUCACUUUUUUUCAUCAUCUAUUGCUCCAGUAUCAAGUGCUCUUUCCAUGGAAUACGAAAGUUUAAGUGUACAAGAAAUAAUUCAACAAUUAUUCGAAAAGAAAAAUACACUUGUUGACUUUGAUCCUCAGUCUGGAAAAUAUUUUACUACAUCUUGUAUUAUGAGAGGGAAAGUUUCAACUCAUGACGUUGAAGAACAAUUAUUUAGAGUAAGAGAAAAAAACCCAGAUUUAUUCAUUCCAUGGAUUCCAAAUAAUAUGCAAUUAGCAGUCUGUGAUGUUCCACCUAAAGGGUUGAAUUUGUCAGGUACUUUGAUAUCUAAUUCAACAGCUAUAUCUGAUAUGUUUAAAAGAAUUAAUAAACAAUUUGUUUCUAUGCUAAGAAAGAAAGCAUUUAUCUAUUUGUAUACAGAAGAAGGAAUGGAAGAGAGUGAGUUUGAAGAAGCAGAAGCUGAUCUUAUUGAUUUAGUGACUGAAUACCAACAAUACUAUAAUACCCCUCUCAUUUUAGAUGAAGGUUUUGAACCAGAAGGUGAAUUAAAAACUGAGGUUCAACAAGAAGAAACACUACCAACAAAUAUAGAGUCAGUGUGA